UCAGACAAGAAAUGAAUAUGGGAGCGAGAGGAUCACCCAGGCAGGCCUGGGGCAGUUCAGUUCUGGAAUAGUGAAUGACAAAAAUGCCUAUUCAGGUCCACUCAGUAAAUCCUAUGCACCUGGAGGCCACAGGCACACAUAUCAACAGGCACGUGAGAUUUCAGAACCAGCCCCCUUGUAAUUCCAAGGGAGAUUCUGUCCCAUCUGGUCUUACUCUGAGGCCAUACACUGCCGUCGGCCUCAACGGGAGAAGCCAGACCCCCUUUGCCUCGUCCAGGGUCUCCUGGAGUUUGUCAGAGCUUGAGCUGGAAGAGAGGAUGACACCCGCAGUAGGCGCACCGGCAAACCCAGAUUCCCAAAGCUGGCUCCUGGGCGCACCCGGGAAUUCAGUGGGAAGGGGCACAGUUGCCAUGGCACCAGAGAUGCUCCCCAGGCAUCUUCAUCCUCCCGGGAAAAGGGGGCCCGGGGCAGACGCCUCUCUCCCCGGCAGUCUAGCAGGAGCGCCCCUUCCUGUGCUUGCCCGUGCUCCCACCCAUCUCGCCUCCAAGAGGUUAAUCAAGGUUUGCUCCUCUCCGCCCUCCCGCCUACCCCCGCGUUUCCAUACGGUUUGUUCACAGGCCCCUCCUAGGCCGGGGGUGAAUGCUCACUUACACUGA